AUGGCAGUGCGAGGCUUUGUAGUACUCAGCCACUGGCUCGUGAGUCUUCAUAGAUUACCAUAUUUCAGAAGCGCUGUCGUCGCACUACUCUUCUGCACCACAGAUGUUAGUGUCAGUCAAAGAAGUAUUCUGAUACCAAAAGAGCUGAGAGAUGGCAUCGUCCUCAAAGAUGGCGCCCUGACACAGCCUUUGGGGCAUUAUUUUAAUUCGUUUUCUGUCGAAGGACCACCACCUCCCGAGAGCGGCAGUAGCACGUCGACGGAGGGACCCCGUCGAGUGGUGACGGAGAAGCAAAACAUGAAUUAUUUGGCUUCACCAGUUUAUCCUUCGCAGCAUGAGGCACUACUAACGAGGGAUACAGUCCAAAUCCAAGCAGAAGGCUGGCGUGCCAGUCCACAACGCCUUGCGGUCUCAGAAAAGCAAAGCACGGCUCAUCUGGCUUCACCAGAAUAUGGUUGGCAGCACGAGGCAGUACCAACGAGGACUACAAACAAUGUCCCAGCAGAAAUUCGGCUUUCAAGACCGGAACAGCUUCUCUUUCCGGACGACAGGCCAGGAGCUGCCCCGCUCGGUCAGCAUCCCUUAGUAGGUGGUCAGGGUCUUGUUGCUGAGAUGUUGAAGGCUGUUGCAGUCCCUGUAAGACCAAGCAUCCUACAAUCACUGCAAAGGGUUUCUGGGAUCCCACUAGGCGUCACAACCCCGGAAGCCGCUGUAGCCGCCAGAGGAAUCAACAGCGAAUCCCCCUAUUUGCUGGAGUCGUCGCCCGAGUGGAUGACCCACGAAAGAGGUUAUCAGCAGCCACAAGUGCAAGAAACCUCCAGGGUUCCUCCAGACGGGGAGACGUUUGCUCCCUUCACGCCUAUUCUUGUGUCAGCAAUUUUGAACAAGCUGCCGCCAAGAUUUCGGCCCCACAGUGGACCCAAUCAACCUGUGGUGCGAUUGCAGGACGAAUCCUCGUUGCUGGAUGAUAUCUUGUUGAUAUUCGCUCGUCUGGUGCCUCUCUCAGCUCAGAGCGAGUUUGCGGCUGGACCUCCUUCUACCAUACCACAGCAGACACAACUCCAGUUGGUAAAUGCGAUUGCGGGUGUGCUGUCUGGUCGGUUCCCUGCCAGGAUUGUCGAACACGUUCUCGGUUUGGUACAGAGGAGCAACAGGACAGGCACAAGCAAUGAGGGUCCCCCCGGAGAUAACAGUGUGCCCCUUGUAAUCAAUAGCGUGGGCUCGUUACCAAUCCAUUUAGUAUCAGGCAGGCUAGGUUCUGUCGCGGGCCGUGUGAAACCUCUAAAUGUGUCGUCUGUAGAUGGCUCCGAAAGACCCAUCAUGCCAUCUCCUCUUCUCCCGACCGCACAGCAAGGUGUCCAACGAACUGCCCACGUGUUCCCGGUUUUGCAUUCAACUUUUCAUUCUUUUCUUCCAAGGGGUUCGCUGGAUUUUCCCCAGCCCCAGGCUCCAACAGGUGAGCCCGCUCGAGCCGGAAUGCGCGAAGAAGAAUUCUUAAACUAUAUGUCCAUGCAGCCACCUGGAGCCGCACCGCACAACCAAGGCUAUGACAGAACCUUAACUCUGCGGUCGCCCCAGUUUAAUGGGGGAUCCAUCACCAGUGCGUCUCAGAUUCAAAAUGGGGAAACGGCACAUAUCGGAGCCGUACCUCCGGAAGGGGGCGUUGAGCGACAGGAGCUUCUCGCCAUUGGUGUCCUCCCGGAGUUUUCUAACCCAAACGACACUCGCGGUGACUCGGAGAAUGUGUCUGUCUAUGAAAUGGAGAACUACCAGCAACCUUUACGCAACGCCGCGUCUCCAGAGGAAGCUCAUGAAGCCGAGCGUACUGCUGGAGCCGCAGCGACCGCAGCAGUUCGAAUAAAGGGAGGUUUCGCACCAGAAAGAAUAAUUGGAAAAGAGGCGUCAAGCACCGUUCGAAUGGAAAACAACACCAGGGACCAGGUGGGAAGCAUGGGACCCGGGGUGAGAGGAGAACGCCUAAGUGAAGAACACAGUGACGAUUUUGCCUCCUCCUGGUCUGCAUGGCAACGCGGCGAGUCGCCGAUAGAUAAAGUUGCGACUGGUCCGGAGGGAUCCGUUAAGGGCGAGAGAGUACAAGAGAACGGACCCUUAGGUGAAAGUCGUAGCGCGAUUGCCAAUGGCGGGCAAGAACAGGCCAAUGAAAUUAACAUCAGAGACGGCUACGCGCGAGACGAACCUUAUGCAAGCAAUGGUGAAGAGCUGAAUUCCACAGAGGAAGAUGAUUCAGAAGACGUGCAUGAGGAAGAACCGCCUGACGAAGAACUCGAGGAUCCUUAUGGUGGCUGGGACGAUCCUCGGGAUCGAGAUCUAGGUACUCCGUCCGACGGAGACGGAGACAGCAGUUAUGGCUCUCUACUGCCAAGUAUCACUGGCUUGAUAUUUAAGUUUUUCCCGCUUCCCGAGUGGCUUACGCUCAGCCCGGAUGAUGUUCCGGCAUUCGACUGGAAGCGUGUAUUCAAUGAUUACUUGCCAGGAGUAACGAAGCUCAGUCAUGCCAUUGACAUGGCUGAUGAGGUGAUCUACAAUGAAUACUGCAACCGCUCGGUGCUUGGAGGUGAGCUGACGAUUGAUGCUUCAUUUGAAAUCAUGGGGGACGCCUUUUCUGUUGAUGAUGAUACGGAGGACGCGUCUUUCCCCAUGAGCUUCGGUGAAGCUCGAAAGCUACCAUUGGUACCGGUGGAGAUAGAAGACGAAUUCGACAAAUGCGUCAACUUCUACAAAAAUCGCACGCGGGAUUAUGUUGAGGAAUACAGACAGGAGUGUGACGAUGUGUGGGACGACCCAAAAGCGCCGGGGGGCAGUCGGCUGCGACCGUUGACAAUCGACGAUGUAACGACUUGUUUUCUCAAGAAAUACGACGUGGGCCGGCGUUGGUUCAACGAGCUUUUCUUCCAGCCGUGGUUCAAUCUUCUGAACCAGACGUCCUACCUAUCCCAAGCUGUCGAUACCGCCAUGGCUGAGUUCGCAUACAAUAGGUGGUUGUUUCCUGCUGCGUAUGCAGCAGCAAACUUCGGAACAUGGCGCGCCUGCAUCGAAAGGCGAGACUGCUUCGACGGGGAAGAGUGUGUCCCCGCCCUACCGGCCAUUUACGGAUUCGUUCUAAGUUUCUGUCAACGCACAGCAGAUUCCAUGAUGCGUGACCCCAUAACAGGCGUCCCCUUGGCCGAACGAUUUACAGACGUGGGUUUCGAUGGCUUGCCAGCAAUCUCGAACAAGCACGUUGGGCCACCAGUGUAAUCCACUGUGCGUCCGAUGUAAACAGUCUGCCCUUUCCCUCCAAUUAUCCUGGACAUUUAUGUGUGUUCUGGCCAUGGGAGACAGCAACGGUGGCAGGUGGCUCCACGCGGCAGAAGAUGCGUUAAUCUGAAUCAGGCGAGUAAACAUCUGUUUGUUUUUCAAAUACAAGCCGGCUCAGCGCUGAACAAACCUAUUAUCCGAAGAGCUGAGAAUAUUAACCCGUUUUGUUGACUAGCUGAACACGGUGAACACCUGGAACGCCAGGCGAUGCAAGGGCUUUGCCUCUGUGAGACUUUGUGUUUUUUGUAGAAAUCCCGAACAUUUACCGAGUGAAUUGGGUCAGGCACCCCGUCAACCUCUUAUGGCAAGCGUGCCUGCUAGACAGAAUUGAGGCAGUGUGGACGCCUAUUACAGAACCGUAUGUGCACGCGCCUUAUAGGAAGGACGUGACACACGAACGUCCCCGGCGACAACAGAUCCGAUGUA